UAAUCACCCCAACCGCUGGUCGCUGCCCACCGCCUCGCCGCCCGCUUCCAUCUCGAGUCGAGUCGAGCCGAGCUCACACGUCACGAAUGCCGUUGCUGCUGCGUCCGGCGGCCACUCCCCCCUUAUGCCCGAGACGCGGCGCCAGAGUGACAAUGCCCUGAAAGCGGCGGCCGCCCGCCGCCACGGCUCCAAGGGCUGCAGCACCUGCACCAAGCGUCGCAUCCGCUGCGACCUCACCCAGCCGACGUGCAAGAAAUGCGAGAAGAAGGGCCUGACGUGCCCGGGCUACGGGCCCCGGCUGCGCUGGGCCGGCGGAGUCGCUGUCCGCGGCAAGCUCAAGGGCCAGAACGUGCCUCUGCCGGGCCUCGCCAGCCGCUCGCCGGAGCCAGACUCUGACGAGACGGAAGGCAGCUCGGCCAGGCGAGGCUCGGCCCCGGCGGCGGCGGCAUCGUCGUCGUCGGCGGGCGCCCCAGCCGCGUCGGGGGCAGCGACACCCGCGGCCGCCACGGCGCCGCCCACGUCGGCGGGCCCCGGCCAGACGGUCAUUGUGAGCCCCGCCAGCCUCGACAACACGCUGCGCAAGUCGGCCCGCGAGUUCAUCGAGUACUACGACAAGAACAUCGCCGGGCUCAUGGUGUGGUUCGACUCGGCCAACAACGACUACCGCAGCCGCGUCCUGCCCCGCGCGGCCAACACGCCCGGCCUCCGCCUCGCCGUCGCCGCCAUCUCCGCCCACCACGGGGGCCUCACCUUUGACCACGAGACGCCCCGCUUCUCCGAGGCCGCCCGAGACGCCUGUCUCAACCUCAUCCAGGAGCACGUCAAGGACAUGACGGGCCGGCUGACGGGCGGCUUCGAGCUCACCUCGCAGUCCGACAUUGCCGACGCCGAGUGGAUGCUGGCCGCCAUCCUCAUGAUUUCCACGUACGAAAUGGCAAACGCCCAGACCGGCGCCGCCGAGAGCCACCGCAUGGCCGCCCGCACCAUUGCAAACGUCUUUGGCCACAACACCCAAUGCUGCACGCGCGUCUUUGACUUUUUGCGCAACCAGCUGGCCGUCUUCGACGUCAUGGCCACGUCGACGUCGUUUGACCUGUCCGACGUGGAGAACACGGUGCUCCCGCCGCCGAGCAUGGCCGACGGCCUGUUCGCACGGUACCUGACCCUCGUCCACCAGGUGACGCUCGUUUCCCGCCGGCGCAUGUACGCCGUCGGCGACGCCUCGACCUUGGCCGCCGAGUUGACGCCCUCGGCCAUCCGCUCGCAGUUUGAGCAGGCCCGCGGCGCGACGCUCCUGGCCGCGGGUCGCCUGCAGAUGCAGCCGUCGGCGGUCGACAGCCGCGACUUCAUCCGGCUGGUCGACAUCUACCACCACGCGGGUGUCAUCUACGCCUACCGCUGCCUCGACCUCGUCGCCACGGAGCACAUUGACCGCGAGGCGUCCAUGGUCAAGUUGUUUGAGCAAUUUGCCGCCUUGGAAGACGCUACGCUGUGCGCGCAGAACCUGCCCUGGCCGGCCUUUGUCGCCGGCACCGAGUGCCACGGCGACCCGCGCCGGCAGGAGACUAUCGCUACGCUAUUCGAGACCAUCACCGAUGCCACCAGCUUCAGCCACUUCCGCGACGUGCUCAAGUUUCUCCGCAUCUUUUGGGAGAGCGAGCACACCGACUGGCAGCCUCUCGGCCGGGACCUGCAGCAAAACGGAUUCCGCAUCCUCCCGCUGUGAACGGACACGAUGCACCCCCCGCCACCCUCCGGGCCUACUUCUGCACCGUCUCGCCAUCGUUGAUGCCAAAGAUGACCUUCAUGGGGUCCUGAUACUUGUAGAAGCCGAGUGCGGGCUGGCACAUGCCGUAGCCCAGCAGCCGCAGCACCUGGGGCGAGAAGCCGCGCUCCUUGGCCACCUCGGGCGGAAUUUCGAGGUACGAAUUCUCCUCCUGCCGGAGCGUGCCCUUGCAUAGGAACACGCCGAUCGUCUCACGCGCCUCGUCUCUGCUCUGGUCAGCGCUGGGUGGAAGUGGAAACGGCAAAGCAGCAAAGGGCCCCGCUCACUUGGUCACGUUGGCGCCCCCCGCGUGGUAGACGUUUCCUACGAAGAUGGCGGCGUCGCCGACGCCGAGUUCCGCCGGCAUUGCUUCGUGGUCGUGGGGGCACCGGUCCGGACCCCACUUGUGGCUCUUGGGGAUGACAAUGGUCGCGCCGUUCUCCUUGGUCGUCUUGGUCAGGGCGGUGACGCAGCCCAGCAUGACGGGGAAGUCGCAGUUGCGCGUGUGGUAGUCGGCGUCGUCGCGGUGUAGGGCCUGCUGCUUGCCGCCGGGCUCGACGCGGAAGCCCACGAUGCUCGCGAUCUGCGGCUUGCCCACGACCGAGAGGCGCUUCUGGCCCUCCCAGUAUGUGUAGUGCGAGCUGAGCAGCGCGUUGGCUGUGUCGAGGAAGAGGGGGUUGACGAGAUGCUCGGCGGUCGCGUCCGAGUAUCGGAGCACCCCGUGGGCGCGCUUGGUCGUCGAGGGGAAGAAGCCCGACUCGUCGACCCUGUCGCUGUCGAAGCUAGGCUUGAGGUCCGCCCGCAUGCGUCGGCAGAGGUCCUCGGAUGCCAGGUUGCGCACGAUGACGGCGCCGUCGCGCUCGAGUAUGGAGAGGAGCAGCUCGGGCGUCGUCGAGGCGUCGUCGGCGUCGACGCGGGUCAGUGACGUGCCGGCCUCGGUGGGAAAGUCCAUGAUACGAAGCUACGUCUGCGAUGCGGUCAUGUCUGUUUAUUGAGCACCACGGUUGUGGCAGAGAGCUGGCGAUUUAUAUAUUUGUUUUCACAACGCGCCCCUUUGGCCCCGUCCCGUCGGUUCUGCCCGGUCUCCGCGCGCUGCCGCACCGCCAAGUGUUGCGACUGGUUUGCCUCGUAAGGGAGCAAUCGUGAGAAUCGACAGGGAGGGCGGUCGCACGGGGCGCCCUCCGUGCGACCGCUCUCCGUGCAUCG